AUGAACAAGCGAUUGCUACGAAGCUACAAUAUGGACGUUUUGGAGGAGAACAACGAGGAGAGGAUCAAUGUCGGCCCUGGAGCGCUCAGUCAGGCCAAAAGACUCACUUCCAGAGAUAUAGAUGUCAUCUAUGCGGCGCAUAAUGUGCAGACUGACCGAAGCAACAUUGACAAGCUAUUCAAGCACGCAAAAGACGGAAAAAUUGACGGUUGGCUCGAUAAAGUCACACUCGAAAAGCUGACCCUGAAAGAUCGAGUUCACUUGCAGGAGACUUUCAAUCAACUGAAAAAUAGCGGGAUAACCCCAGAGAAAAGUGAGAGCGUUGCUAUCUGGUCCCAAUCGCGAUGCCCUCUCCCACCACUACGGAACGAUGUUCAGCCUCUACACGAAGUUCGUUCAGGGCACAACUCGCUAGGUUACAAAUUGAUCGGAGAAAGACAAGCAGGUUUUGAAUACACUGCCUUUGACGAUGAUAACACCACCUUGACGUUGUUUGCUGACCUCUGCUUCAUCAACAUGGCCACUAUUUGA